AUGACAUCCAAACCCACCUCCGUCCACGAUGAAGACUACGACAUGGCCAAACCCACCGGCCUCGAUGCCAUCCACAGCGUGCGCAUUCCGCUGACGGAAGAGGACAGCAACCGCAUCCGUCGCAAGACUGAUAAAGUCAUCCUCAUCGUGCUCAUGUGGGUGUACUUCCUUCAGAUCCUCGACAAGACCGUACUGGGCUACGGCGCCACCUACGGUCUGAAGGAUGACACCCACCUCACGGGGAACCAAUACUCCCUGGUCGGAUCGAUUGCCCCCAUUGCCCAGCUGGCCUGGCAGCCCUUUUCCUCCUUUCUCAUUGUCAAGGUGCCGCAUCGGAUUCUGAUGCCGGCGCUCGUGCUGGGAUGGGGUAUCGCGCAGACCUGUAUGGCCGCCUGCACCAGUUUCAGCGGGCUGAUGGCCACGCGGUUCUUCCUGGGUCUGUUCGAGGCCGGCUGUUUGCCGCUUUUCAGCAUCAUUACCAGUCAGUGGUAUCGGCGUGCCGAGCAGCCCAUUCGCGUGGCGGCGUGGUACAGCACCAACGGGCUGGCGAACAUCUUCGCGGCGGCUCUCUCUUACGGCUUGGGACAUAUCGAUUCGCAUGUGCUGAAGGAAUGGCAGAUUAUCUUCCUCUUCGUUGGCCUCCUCACCGUCAUCUCCGCCCCGGUCGUCUACUGGCGUCUCGACAACGACAUCGCCUCCGCGCGCUUCCUCACCGAACAAGAGAAACUGCAGGCAAUGGAACGCCUGCGCGCCAACCAAACCGGUACCGGCAACCGCGAGUUCAAGAUGCGCCACGUCUGGGAAUCCGGCCUCGAGCCCAAAACCUACCUGUGGAUUGCCAUGGCGAUGCUCCUCAACAUCGGCGCCAGCGUCACCAACGUCUUCGGCCCUCUCAUUCUCCAGGGCCUCGGCUUCAACAAAUUCACCACCACCCUGCUCAACAUGCCCUUCGGUGCGCUGCAGUUCAUCGUGAUCCUGAUGGGCAGCUACCUCGCCCAGAAGGCACGGCUCAAGGGCGCUGUGCUGGCCGGGUUCAUGCUCCCCGUCAUUGCCGGGUUGGCAUUGCUCUAUGCGCUGCCGCGCAACAACUCGGUGCAGGGCCCGCUGAUGGCGGGAUACUACCUCCUCUCCUUCCUGUUUGCAGGAAACCCGCUGGUCGUCUGCUGGAUGGUCGGGAACACGGCCGGCAUGACGAAGAAGUCGAUCGUCAUGAGUCUGUAUAACGCGGCCAGCUCGGCCGGAAACAUCGUCGGACCGCUGCUGUUCAGCGCCACCGAUGCGCCGGCGUAUCGCCCCGGUCUGCAGGCGUGUCUGGGCAUUUUUGUCGCUCUGGUAGCGGUGGUGUUCCUGCAGUGGGCGGAUCUGUUCGUGCUGAACAAGUUGCAGGAGAAGAAGCGGGUGCAGAACGGGAAGCCGGCCAAGAUGGUAGAUCGCUCGAUGCAGGACCAGUACCAGCAGGAAGACGAGGAGGGCUUGGAGCAGGAGAUGGGCAGUAAUGGGCUGCUGGAUCUGACGGAUCGCGAGAAUGACGAGUUUGUCUAUAUUUAUUAA